GUUUUGUACUCCACGAGCAUGAGCUAUGGGGUGGACGGAUGUAGGCUCCAAGGUAGGGCGCCUCAUCCUCGACUCCUCCCAGCCGAUCAUCAACCAGCUCCAUCGAUCGCGAUCCCUGCCGCGGCAGCAACAGCAAGAAUCCCCCUCUCCUCCUCCUCAGGACGACCUCCGAUCCUCCGGCGAUGGCGAAUUCCGCGGCCCCGACACCUCCUCUCUAUCGGCAUUCCUCUACUCCUUCCUGUCCUCCCCGCAAUCCGCCAGCGGCGGCGCGGAUGAGUCAAGAGCGUCCUCUUCGUGGGAGGAGGGCUUCUCGGGCGACCCCGACGCCGACUGGUUUGUGGUUUCUGGCAAUGAGUUAGAGCAUUCCAUAAUGGAGGACUACUUGACCAGCCACUUCGAGAGCCAGGAAGCCAUUGCCAAGCUCCCGCCAGCUUCGGAAGAAUCGUCGCUCCUCUCUGACAAGUUUCGCAGCGUUUUGUAUCCUUCGCUCCCGACGAUCGUCCAAGGCCGCACCUGGGUGCUGCUCUACAGCACAGCACGGGAUGGCAUCUCGCUGCAUACACUCUAUAGGAAAAGCGUCCUACUUCCAGGACCUUGUUUGCUGGUGGCUGGAGAUCGAAAGGGCGCAGUUUUUGGGGGAUUGCUACUCGCUCCGUUCAAGCCGACCAGGAAUAAGUAUCAAGGCACUAAUCAGACCUUCGUUUUCACAAACGUCUCUGGCCCGGCCAAAGUAUUCCGGCCAACAGGAAGGAACAGAUACUACUUCUUGUGCACAAACGACGCAUUGGCGAUCGGAGGAGGCGGGCAUUUUGCUUUGUACCUGGAUAGCGAUCUAUUAACUGGAUCAAGCGGUGCCUGCGAAACUUUCGGGAGCGAGUGCCUGGCGCAUGCUGAGGACUUCGAUCUAAAAGACGUCGAGCUCUGGGGUUUUGCCCAUUCGUCUCAGCGAAGCAGCCUUGGCAAAACAACGAACGCCUUCGAAUCUUUGUGAUGAUCCGUUUUUCGUGUACAUAUACCCGCUAGAACGAAAUAUAAAUAUAAAGAGGAUCCCAUGAUA